AUGCCUCCCUUUGUAUUUGAUGUUCCUCAACAAAGGCCCCCAAAAAACAAGCAUCAUCCAGAUUAUCGCCAUCCACUUUAUGUAGGCAGUUGGAAACGAUCCAUUCCCGGUCAAGACAAGGACUUUGCUCGAGAUGAUAUGGAUGAGCCUCAUCUUAAGCGAAAACAUGCUAUGUCUUUGACCUAUUCAGAUCAAAUACAAAAACUAUAUGGUUCGGACAUUCGAACAUUUCAUGUGGCCACAUUCAUCAAUUUGAUCCAGUUGGGGUUGGCCUAUUAUUUUGGACAUCAGGGUUCACACUGGUCUACAUUUGUAUUGGUAGCUUAUCUGGUAGGAGGCACAGCUACUGGUAUUGUGGGAGUCAUCAUUCAUGAAGCCUGUCACAACUUGGUAACCGGAUCCUCCAUAUAUGAUCGUCUCAUUGGUCUGUAUACCAAUAUUGCACUUCCCGUACCUAUUUCCCAAUCGUUUCGACGAUACCAUAUUCAACAUCAUACCUGGCAAGGCGUCGAAGGACUGGAUCCUGAUUUGCCUUUGGAAUGGGAAAAGAACCUGAUUCAGGGCAACAGCAUUAAAAAAAUACUCUGGCUCCUGAUUUACCCUGUCAUGUAUGUCACACGAGGAUUGGUAAUGCAGCAAAGAAGAGGGCAUACACCAGGUAAAUGGGAAUGGAUCAACCUUGUCUUUUCCAUAGCAAUGGAUGCCCUAGUUGUCUUGUUAUGUGGCUGGAAAGGGCUCGGCUAUUUAUUCUUGUCGCUCUGGUUUGGAUACUCAUUGCACCCAGGAGCAGCUCAUUUUAUUCAGGAACAUUAUACCUUUGAUGAUGGUCAAGAAACCUACUCGUAUUAUGGCAUUCUUAAUAUUCCGUUUAUGAAUAUUGGCUAUCAUAAUGAACAUCAUGAUUUUCAAAAGAUUCCUUGGUCCAACUUGCCUGCACUCCGAUCUUUGGCAAGUGAAUAUUAUGACACACUCUCUUUCCAUACGUCUUGGUUAAAAGUGCACUGGAAGUUCAUUACUCAACGUUCUAUGGGUCCUCAAUCCAGAGUCAUUCGAGAUUAUGAUACGUUUAAAAAAGGAAGAUCUUUAAUCAGUAAAAUACGUGCUUACAAUCAGAACAAAAGGGAAUAA